ACAGAAUUAUAUUGUUCAGUGCAGCUGGGAAGGAAAAUUCUUUCACUGAAUGGUGUUGAUAAGAGGCAAGAGAAGUUAUGAUAAAUUCAUGAAAGACCCAGUCCCUCUGUGGAACUUCUAAACAUCUUUUAUUUGUGGAAGGAUUUUCUACAGAAUGACAGCAACAUCUUGAUUUAAAUUCAGUGUUUGCGUGGUUCUGGUUCACUUGCUCUGGUUUAGGAAGCGUGAGAUCUAAGGAGCCCAGGGUCUUUUGCGAUGACAAUAUGACUAAUAACACAGGAAAAGCUAUUACUGUUAAAGCAAGUGGCGGUUCAAGUAGUGUAGGAGAUUUUGUCGACUGGACUUUAAGUUUAAAUACAAUUCAGUCGGAUAAGUUUUUAAACUUACUGUUGAGUAUGGUUCCAGUAAUUUACCAGAAAAAACAGGAAGACAGGCACAAAAAAGCAAUCAGCAUUUGGCAAGAUGGGUUAGCAUCUCCAGCACAGCCAUUUAAUAAUAGAGCUGAUCAACACAUGGAGUACCACAGUUUCUCCGAACAGCCCUUUCAUGGCAAUAACAGUCACUCACCAGCAGGGGGCAGCCCAAAGUACGACGACUAUGCCAACUAUAAUUACUGUGAUGGAAGGGAAACUUCAGAAACGACUGCCAUGUUGCAAGAGGAAGACUUGUCCAGUGAUGGUGAUGACGAUGUCAUUGUGGAAACAAGUCAGAAAUUACCAAAGGAAUCCAGCGGUGUGAUGGCGUUGCAAAUACUUGUGCCAUUUUUGCUAGCUGGUUUUGGAACCGUUUCAGCUGGCAUGGUUUUGGAUAUAGUACAGCAUUGGGAGGUGUUCAGAAAAGUAACAGAAGUUUUCAUUUUGGUUCCUGCACUUCUUGGUCUCAAAGGGAACUUGGAAAUGACAUUGGCAUCCAGAUUGUCCACUGCAGUAAAUAUUGGGAAGAUGGAUUCACCCAUUGAAAAGUGGAAUCUAAUAAUUGGCAACUUGGCUUUAAAGCAGGUUCAAGCAACAGUAGUUGGUUUUCUAGCAGCUGUGGCAGCAAUUAUAUUGGGCUGGAUUCCAGAGGGAAAAUACUACCUUGAUCAUUCCAUACUUCUGUGCUCUAGCAGUGUAGCUACUGCCUUCAUCGCGUCUCUUCUGCAGGGAAUUAUAAUGGUUGGGGUUAUCGUCGGUUCGAAGAAGACUGGUAUAAAUCCUGAUAAUGUCGCUACACCCAUUGCUGCUAGUUUUGGCGACCUUAUAACUCUUGCCAUAUUAGCGUGGAUAAGCCAGGGUUUGUACUCCUGUCUCGAGACCUACUACUAUAUUUCUCCACUGGUUGGUGUCUUUUUCCUGGCUCUGACUCCUAUCUGGAUUAUAAUAGCUGCCAAACACCCAGCCACAAGGACAGUUCUCCACUCGGGCUGGGAGCCGGUCAUAACAGCAAUGGUUAUAAGUAGCAUUGGGGGACUUAUUCUGGACACAACUGUAUCUGAUCCAAACUUGGUUGGGAUUGUUGUUUACACACCAGUUAUUAACGGUAUCGGUGGUAACCUGGUGGCCAUUCAAGCUAGCAGGAUUUCUACUUACCUCCAUUUACACAGCAUCCCCGGAGAACUACCUGAUGGACCCAAAGGCUGUUACUAUCCCUUUAGAACCUUUUUUGGCCCAGGAGUAAAUAAUAAGUCUGCUCAAGUUCUACUGCUUCUAGUGAUUCCUGGACAUUUAAUUUUCCUCUACACUAUUCAUCUGAUGAAAAGUGGGCACACGUCUUUAACCGUAAUCUUCAUAGUAGUGUACUUAUUUGCUGCUGUAUUACAGGUGUUCACCUUGCUGUGGAUCGCCGACUGGAUGGUCCAUCACUUCUGGAGGAAAGGAAAGGACCCGGAUAGUUUCUCCAUCCCCUAUCUCACGGCCUUGGGCGAUCUGCUUGGGACAGCCUUGUUAGCCUUAAGUUUUCAUUUCCUUUGGCUUAUUGGAGAUCGAGAUGGAGAUGUUGGAGACUAAUAAAUCCCACAAACUGCUCUCAAGUUACCAAGGAGGAAAACACAAGACACCCCCUUAUAGCUCUUUUUCAAAAAUCUUCAGCCAGCAGGGUAAUCUUCAGUUGGCCCUGAUUCAAUUAAACGGCCUUAACAUUUUUUUAAGGAAUUUGAGUUAUAACCAUAAUGAACAGUAUUUGUGCUGCUUUUCAUAGAAUAAAUAAUAAUUUGACAU